AUGGAGUCAUUUGACAGUCCACUUGCCUCACCCACAAAGGCACGCCAGGCUGCUAUUCAAGCCAAGGACUGGGCGUACAUUAAUUCAUGGCUCACCCGGAAAUACACGCCCAAACCAGUACCCCAAUUUGAACGAAAUGAAGACACUCUCCGCGUUCUCCUAACAUUGGCGGCCGCCAAUGAUGCUGCAGAUGAGGAAACAAAUAUCCGCGACCGUGCACAGGAAGAAGCAAUCCAGGCCUUCAAGGUCCAGGAAGAGGCUGAGCGCAAAGACCCACACGAGCGACAAAAGAACGAGAUUCUAGAUGAAGUGGAAAUGUGCCUGGACGAUAAGGGACGUCGCGAUCUUGAUGAUCUAGCCGAAUCAGCAGUUGUAAUGGGCAACACAUUGAAUCCUGAACCAGAGGAUCUGAGCCAAUCGAUUGUUGAGCUGACGGCAGAGGAUUUUGAAGCGCAAGACCAAAUAGCUAAAGUUGAAAUGCUGCGGCUAUACUUGCAGAAGGAGCUUUCGCGUCUUCAAGCCGAUUUGGAGGAGCUGAAGUCAGACGAGGCAUAUGCCAUGCCCCAGGAUGUCCAGGCCCAGACCUCGGAGUGGAUCCGUGGUACCAAAAUGCUGACAACGAAAGUUGGGGAAUAUCAUGAUCGCAUUGCUUCAUUGGAACGAAAUCAGCCUGCAGGUCCUACAAUUGAACAAUUGAUGUUGGAUGAAGAAAAUGUUGUUCGGCUCCAAGAUAUUGUGAAGUCGUUGGAAGCGCGUGUUAGAGCAUUCCAUGAUCUGCCUACGGAUAUUCCAGGGGCACGGGCCAGAUACAAGGAACUGGAACGGGAGUUAAGUCAACUUAAUCGACAGCGUGAUAUGUUAUUUGGCACUCUGGUAGGACGAUAG